AUGGCUUCGACUUGCACAAGGCCACCUGUGCAAAAGGACCCAAAUCAAGUACUUGACAUUGAGGAAGCUGCGGCGAACGUUGGCUGGCAUGAACGUGAGGUGCCCAUCCGUGCCGCUUUGUUACGGUGGUACUUGAAUCACCGGCGCAAAUUGCCAUGGAGAGGUGAUCCUUCACCAUGGACCAGGAGCAAGGCAAGACCAUCGAAGCAAGGCAAACAUCAAAUUCAAAGAACGCUUCCCGGUGUUUUCGGGAAGCUGAAUUCUGCGUGUCGGCCUGCGGUGAUUGAUUUGGACGAAGAAGACACGCAGAAGGAAGAACAAUGUUUUCAUCGCUCUGCGUAUGGGGUUUGGAUUUCAGAGGUGAUGCUUCAACAAACACAAGUUGAGGUGGUGAUCGAUUAUUGGACUACAUGGAUGCGAUCGUUUCCUUCUGUGCCCGCAUUGGCAGCUGCGUCUGCAGAUGAGGUAAAUGCAGUUUGGGCCGGCUUAGGAUUUUACGGGCGUGCCAGAAGGUUGCAUGAGGGUGCCAAGUACCUAUUGGAAAAACAUGACGGCGAGUUGCCCCAGACGUUGGAGGCCCUGCGCGGCAUCCCCGGGGUUGGUCCAUACACGGCCGGGGCCAUCGCCUCCAUCGCGCUGGGCCUCCGGGCGCCUGUGGUGGAUGGGAACGUGGAGCGGGUCUUCAGCCGCCUGCAGGGCGGGCUGGGGGCGCCGGCCAAGUCUGCAAAGCUCCAAAAAGUCUGCUGGGAGCUGGCAGAGGAGCUGGUGGAUCCGGAGGACCCAGGUGCCUUCAACCAGGCCCUCAUGGAGCUGGGCGCUUUGAUCUGCACCCCCUCAUCGCCCUCCUGUCAGCAGUGCCCGGUGCGGCCCAUGUGCCGCGCGCACCAACGCAUGGUGGCCGGGGAGGUGGCUUCGGUCACGAUCUUCCCCGGCAAGGCUUUGAAGAAGCCGCGCCGGGAGCGAGUGCUCGCUCUGGCGGCGGUCAGCUGUGGGGAGGCGCGGGCUGAGCCAUCGGAAGUCAUAUCGAAAGAUGGUGCCAAGGAUAGCGGCCAGUGGGCCAUGAAGAGCAAAGAGUGGGUGUUGGUGCGGCGGCCGGCGCGGGGGCUGCUUGCGAACCAGCUGCAGUUCCCUUGUCUGGAGCUAGCCGAGGCGGACCUUGCCUCCGGUGCUUCGCAGCUGCAGGCGCUGCUGGCGUCGUUUGGGCUGGAGGUGGAUCUGGAGCCGAGAGCUGGGGCUUUGGAGCAUCUCUUCUCCCACGAGCGCCAUGUGAUGCACGUCUUCCAGGGUCACCUGGAGAAGAAGCCCGCCAGCCAGGAGGCCGUUUGCCGGAAGAAAACGCACCGGAAUUCGGAAUGCCCUGUUCCGAGGCUGUGCUUGAGUUCUCUGACUGGGGUGUUCUCCAGUGUUUUCUGA